AGAUGACUUCUGUCCCCACAGCCAACUGGAACGUGAGCCUUGCUGCCGCGGGCAAUCCCUGGGGACAGGCGCUGGGAGCGCCAGCUGGAAACGCUUCUCCCCCUGUAGCAUCCUCAGCAGCCAACUUCUCCAAUCAGUUUGUGCAACCCUCUUGGCGCAUCGCCCUGUGGUCUCUGGCUUAUGGUGGUGUGGUGGCAGUGGCCGUUUUUGGAAAUCUCAUUGUCAUCUGGAUCAUCCUGGCUCACAAGCGCAUGAGGACGGUGACCAAUUACUUCCUGGUGAACCUGGCCUUCUCCGAUGCCUCCAUGGCUGCUUUCAAUACUCUCAUCAACUUCAUCUACGCGCUGCACAGCGAGUGGUACUUUGGAGAGGCUUACUGCCGCUUCCACAACUUCUUCCCAAUCACAGCUGUCUUCGCCAGCAUCUACUCCAUGACAGCAAUAGCUGUGGACAGAUACAUGGCCAUUAUUGAUCCCUUGAAACCGAGGCUCUCUGCAACUGCUACCAAGGUGGUCAUUGGGAGCAUAUGGAUUUUGGCUUUCCUGUUGGCCUUUCCCCAGUGCCUAUACUCCAUAACCAAGGUGAUGCCGGGGAGAACUCUUUGCUAUGUAGCGUGGCCAGGUGGUCCAAAACAGCAUUUUACGUAUCAUGUCAUUGUGAUUGUGCUGGUCUACUGCUUUCCGCUGCUUGUCAUGGGCAUCACUUAUUCCAUAGUGGGAAUUACUCUCUGGGGAGGAGAAAUACCAGGCGACACGUCCAACAAAUAUCACGAGCAGCUCAAAGCUAAGAGAAAGACAUUUGUUCAGACUUCUUCAAGGUUGGAAAAUAAUUGCUACCCCAGGGGACUGCACAAAGACAUGGUGGUAAAAAUGAUGAUUGUGGUUGUGCUGACAUUUGCCAUCUGCUGGCUGCCCUACCACAUUUACUUCAUGGUUACUGGGAUCUAUCAACAAUUGAAUCGGUGGAAAUACAUUCAGCAAAUCUAUUUGGCCAGCUUUUGGCUUGCCAUGAGUUCCACAAUGUACAAUCCCAUUAUCUACUGCUGUCUUAAUAAGAGGUUCCGAGCCGGCUUCAAGCGAGCUUUCCGUUGGUGCCCCUUCAUUGAGGUGUCCAGCUAUGACGAGCUAGAGCUCAAGGCAGCCAGGUUUCAUCCCACCCGGCAAAGUAGCCUAUAUGCUGUGUCCAGAAUGGAGUCCAGCAUGACAGUGGUGUUCGACACGAAUGAUGGAGACAACACCCACGCCAGCCGUAAGAAAAGAGCAGCUCCGAGGGACACGAGUUUCAAUGGCUGUUCACGGAGGAAUUCCAAGACCGUCUCCACAGCCUCAAGUCUCAUCAGUUCACUGCACACAUCAGCAGAUGAUUAUUCCUAAGCAUUUCAUGGUGCCAGUUGCUAGAAGGGCAGCACUGGACAAUGCUCUCCUGCUUUGGGACUAGAUAGUCAUACCACAGGAAAGCAAACAUAAUUCCUCUGAUGAACCCUAGCUAUAAAUAUCAUGAGACUUUUAGGCAUCACUUACUUUUCUGCUUUAGAAAGAAAGAGGAACUUGAAGACGUAUGUAUGCACCAGUCCGAAAGCACAGUCCCACCUUAUAUACGGCAAUGUUUGUAGGGAUUAUUCAAAAUAAGCCAACGGCAUAAAAAAACAUUGUUUCAGCUGUAUCUGACCUGUGGCAUUUAUGUUUUACUUACUGAACUGUAACAGGCUCCUUUACUUACUGAAGCUGAAAUGUACGAUGUUUUUCUAUUAUAAGUGUAUUAAUUCUAGAGUAACAAAAUUACAAAACAUCUGAUAAAAAAAUUUCUUUAUAAUGAAGACCUAAUGAGCCCCAAGUCUAUUCAAUUGUUUUACAAUUUAGCCCUAUUCCCAGGCAAAUAGACAAAAUGAAGUUCAGGUGAAUGAAGUUCAGCUCUGUCUGCAACAGUAGAAUCUUUCAAAUAUAUAUGAAAAAUGUUUUUUAAAAAGGAGAAAAUCUCCAAGAGACUAAGUUAAACUCUACCAAAGUUUCUGUAUUAGUGAACAUUAGAUUCCAAUGGAAUGUAUACUUCCAGGAGGAUGUAUUGCUUAGAUGAACAUCCCAUAGCUUUCUGUCUUGGUGCUAAGGGUAAGAUCUUCCUUCAGUGACCCUAACAGGAGCUUUGUGAUUGACUUUAGAAAUGUCAAAAGAUUUUAAACUGGAGAUUCACAGGUAAGAAAAAUACCACUGUGGCAAUGAACACUUCUCUGCAGAAGAUACAGUAACGUGUUUCACUAUGAAAUACCUUCACCAGAAAAAAAAAUAUUCGGGCUAUUUUCCCAAAUUUUCCAUAGCUAGAUGCAUGUAAAAAUACACCUCUGUCUGCAUCUGAAAACAUGUUAGGCAUUAUUACACAGACACUUUCCCACCCAAUUCAAUCAAAAUCCACUGACCAUCACUGUUGCAAAGAAAGCUGAACUUAAUACAAAAGGGACUAGAGGGCAGCCUUUGUUUUAGAUAAAUGGCUGUAUCAGUUGCCUGGAUCAACUGGUUGUAUGAAUGUUCUCAAACAGUAAAUCAGAACUUAAGCAAAAGAGUGUGAAUGCCUUCUGAGUUAGCCAGACCAGCACAGGGGAGUGCUCAACCCAACCUGGUACCAAAACUAAGCAAUUAACAAAGAGAAGUUUGAAGGGAGAAAGGCUUGAGCUGGCUUUAGCCCGCAUUCCUUCCCAGCGAUGCGGGAUGCCUGGCAUUGUGACAGUGAGCAUAUCAUAAGAGAGUCGUAAUGAGAAUCAUGUUUGUAUUGUGAUUCAUCUGUAUGGUCAAUUGCUAUAUUCUGCUAAGUGUAAUUUGUAUUUCUACUGCGAUUUCAGUGCAUUGCUGUAUCACUCUGCUAAAUCAAAAUCCUGCAUAAGGUGAAACAUCCUCAAAUAAGUAAAUCUGGUAUUUAACAUUAAACCCUCCAUGUGUGGAAUAACUGAAGAACCUGGUCUUAGAGUACUGUACUCUGAUAAAAAUGUAUCACAAUUCCAGACUUGCACUUUUCCUAUCCAAGGCCUGAUCUUAAAUCCACUGAAUCAAA